AUGUCGCUCACUGUGAAGUCGCUGAAUGGAGACACGGCUUUUCUGCUCACUUUUAGCCCUCCCGUCGCGCUGCUUACGUCUCCAGGGCUCUUCCCGGGUUCCUUCACCAUACUUGUCGAUCCGUGGUUGACCGGACCAGCCACGAUCCUUGGCAGCUUCUUCUCCAUCUCAGAGCAGAGGAACAAGCCAUGCAUUUCGUCAUUGAAAGAGCUAGAGCAAGAGCCGGACCUGAUACUCAUUUCGCAAGACAAACCUGACCACUGCCAUGAGGAGACCUUACGGCAGCUUCCACAAGACUGCGAAUCGACAAUUUUGGCGAUUCCAGCAGCCGCAAGGAAAAUCCGUUCAUGGAAACACUUUAGGGAAGAGCUAGUUCAUGCUAUACCGAAAUUCGAUGAGAGCAACAAGCAGUCCAUCUAUCGCUUGGUCAUACCGCCCAUGUCGCCGCGAGGCUCUUGUGGAGAAGUCACAAUUACAUGGAUCCCAGCCAGACGGGACAUCUCUAGCGUUCAUCAUGCCAUUGGAAUCACAUAUCGACCACCUUGCAGUGUCCUGUCUGCUACUCCUGGGCGGUAUUUGGACCUUCCUGAGCUUCCUCUUAGUCCACCAGCAUCGCCGCGAUCUUUCCGCACCAUAGCAUCAUCGCCGCGAACGAUUGUCCCAGCUCCCUACAAUGACCGUGAAAAGACGUUGUCAGUGCUGUAUUCCCCACACGGCGUGCCGUAUGAAGACGUCCAGUCAUAUGCGUCUUCACAUCUGGUGCACGAGGCCGCACUGCCCUUGACUGCUCUCAUACACUCUUUUGACCGAGUCGAGAAUCCGUGGUAUCUGGGUGGGAAUAUAUCCGCCGGGUCUCCUGGAGGUAUGCAGCUCGCUCGCAGCUUGUAUGCUCAAACAUGGAUUAGCGCACACGAUGCGGACAAGAACAACCGCGGUUUGUCCGUCAAACAGACUCGCAUCGGAAAGUUUGCAGCAGACAAAAUUGAGAGCAUGCUGUGUGAAGGGGAUGAGCCCAGGAAGAAAAACCCCAUACCCACGAAGCUGAUAACUUUGGCCGCGGGAGAAGAAUACAAACAAGAGAGCGGUUGA